GCUGACGCCGGCCCCUCGGCUCUGCGCCCGGCACCCGCCGGCUCCUUUCGGUUUCGAUUCCGGAGCCGAUCCGGGGGCGGAGCGCGGCGGCUGCCGGGGGCCCGGGGAAGUCGCUGCAAGGAAACGAAAGUGGGGCCGAGCCGGCUGAAGCGCGGAGCCGCUGUUGCUGUUCCGCCGCACUCCGAGCGCCCGAGCCGAGCCGAGCCGAGCCACGCGGUUGUGCCAAAAUGGCAGAAUAUUAUGUUAAGCCACAGUUGUACAAGGGAAAACUUCAUGAAUAUUGUCAAAAGAAUAAACUGCAACUUGAGUAUAAGGAUGUCAAAGUGGAAGGCCCACCUCAUGAUCGUGUGUUCACUGUCAUGGUUGUAAUAGGUAACAGAGAGUAUCCUGUAGCUACAGGUAAAACCAAGAAAGAGGCAAAAGAAGAGGCCGCAAAGGCAGCAUGGGAUAGCAUAACACAAGAAAAUCAAACUAAACAGGCUUCACUCCCACAAACUCCGCAGCCGCAGCCAUCGCCGCCGCCACCACCGCCAGCAGAGUUUUCAUCAGACAUACUGAUAGAGAUAGAACCACUUGACUAUAUCUCCAUGCUUACCAAAUAUGGACUAAAACAUAACAUAGUGAUGGAGUAUAAAUUAGAAGAUGAAUAUGGACCCCCCCAUAAAAAAACAUUUUCUUUUAGCUGUAAAAUUGGUGACCAGAUUUAUGGUGAAGGCACUGGAAAUGAUAAAAAAGCUGCAAAACAGGCUGCUGCAAAACGUGCAUAUGAACAGUUAAGAUCUCAAGAAACGUCAAGGGCAGGGAGACACACAGCUGUUGCCAGUUCUGCAAAUAGUCUACUUAGCAGUUCCAGUGGAAUGUCAAGCUGGUCAUCUGCAAAUGGUUCUGAUUCUGCAUCUAAAAAUAUCAACUCAGAUGGGAGCUUAGUAAAUAAAAUGAAUGACCUGAAAGUAGAUGAAGAUUGUUCAUCUCCUCGGGUACAGUAUGAAAGCCUUUAUUCCUUUAUCAACUCAGAUGGGAGCUUAGUAAAUAAAAUGAAUGACCUGAAAGUAGAUGAAGAUUGUUCAUCUCCUCGGGCAACUCCCAAAAAUGCUGCCAUGAAAUCUAAGAGAAGAGAGAUCGCAACUAAAUUGGCACCUUCGUUCUCAGGACAGCAGGUCAAGGAAGAGAAAAAGGAAAAUAAGUACACUAAGGAUGAAAGAUUUAUCAAGGAUUUUGAAGAGCUAGAGCGAAUUGGCAGCGGUGGAUUUGGGAAUGUUUUCAAAGCAAAACAAAUUAUUGAUAAGAAGUACUAUGCUGUCAAACGAGUCACGUGUAGCGAUAAAGUACAGCGUGAGGUACAAGCAUUAGCAGAGCUUGCGCAUGAAAACAUCAUACGGUAUUACGCCUCUUGGACUGGGAAAGACUUUCUCAAUUCUGAGAACAGUUCAAGCCUUUCAAGACCGAGGCCAGAUUUUCUAUGUGAUUGCCUUUUUAUCCAAAUGGAAUUCUGUGAGAAAGGAACACUGGAUGGCUGGAUUGAUGAAAAGAGAGGGAAGAAAAAUUACCAAGAUGAGUCUCUCAUCAAAUUUAGACAAAUAGUGGCAGGAGUGGAAUAUAUUCAUUCUAAAGGGUUUAUUCACAGAGACCUCAAGCCCCUCAACAUAUUCAUAUCUCGUGAAAAUAAAAUAAAAAUAGGUGACUUUGGACUUGUAACUUCAAUGACAGAUGACCUGCGGACAACAGAAAAGGGAACAAGAUCAUAUAUGAGCCCAGAACAGGCUGGAGACAAAUAUGGACAGGAAGUGGAUAUAUUUGCACUAGGAUUAAUUCUCUUUGAAAUUCUUUGGAUAUUUUCCACUGAUGCUGAAAAAUUUCAGGAGUGGCACAAAAUAAGAGAAUGUGUACUUCCAGAGGAGUUCAGCAAGAAAUUUCCGGCAGAGAAACACAUAAUUGAGCAAUUGCUCUCAAAAGACGUUGCAAAGAGACCUUCGGCAUCUGGUGUACUGGAGCUUUUGAAGUUUGUUGCUAAAAAGAAUCCAGAUACAAAGAACGUACAUACGUGUUAGGCACCCUGCUUAAAGGAACAACAUAAGCUCUGUUUUGGUCUAGAAUUUGAUUCCCCCCCCUCCCUUAAAAUUGCUGAAAUGUGACAAACAUAUUUGGAAUCUUAGGUUCAAUCCUAUUGUCCUGCACAAAACCUGGCUUUACAUGGGGAUCUCUGCAGGGAUUGGGGGAAUGAAAGCCUCUUGUGAUCCAGAGCAUCAGUAUAAAUUUCUGCUUUAUACUCCAUAGUCUGGAGCCUUGUGCCCCUGCCCUUUCUCACCUCUGGGCAGGUGGUGGGUGUCGUGUUUUACAGGUGGAUCAGCAGUCAUGGACCCAUAGUUAUGUUCAUCCUUGGCUGACGAGGGAACCACUGUGCAGUAUUACCCCAUGGUACUUCAUGGGGUGGAGAGGUCCGUCUACAGUCUGCCCCUGCUGUACAACAGAACGUCAGCAGGUCCAGUGCUUAUUUCCAUAAGUAUGAAGGAGGCAGGAUUUGACCUUUUAUACUUAAGUUUGCUGCUGCCUGCUGUUUUAAAUCUUUUGCUCUCUCCCAGCAGUAACCAUUUAUUUUUAUGUCACCUAGAAAUAUUGUGGCUUUUUUGCAGUAGGAAAUUUUAGGAAAAAUUGCAACUUCUGGCUGUAUGGGUGGGAGUGCUAGGGCUAGGUUCACAAGAGGGACUUGGGUGCCUAGUGUAGCAGUUAGGCACCUAAGUCCAACAUUUAGGCACCUCUUGUACUCACAAAAUCACUGCUCAGCUGCCAUCUAACCUUGUAGGCCCCUAAAGUCCCAAGGUGACUAAGUUUCUACUGGUGAAGUCCCAGAGGCUCCCAACUUUUUGUGGCUGGACAUGGUCACUCAGAAUGUGGGAAACCUGGGGUCAAAUCUCUACUCUGCUGGGUCCUUCCACCUCCCAGGAGAGUAUCCAAACCACUGGUUUCAAUCUCUUGUUGAAGCCGCUCCACUUUGUAGUAGCUAAUGAAAUAUUCAUAGGGCCAGAGAGAGAAUUUGAGUGACUCUAGUGGUUAGAUCAGUCACCUGGGAGGUAGGAAACUCAAGUUCAAGUCCCUUCUCCACAUCAGGCAGUGUAGAGAUUUGACCCCAGAUCUCCUACAUCCUGUGUGAGGGCUCUAACUGCUGUGCUAUGGGGUGAUCUUCCUUUGUGGUUUUUCAUGAAAAAUAAUUGACCUGGCUUAGGUGCCUAAGUCCAGGAGAAAGGUGUGAAUCCCAAGUGGAGAUAGGUGUCUCCCUCUAGUUGGGACUUAAGCAUUCAACUCCCUUAAGCCCCUGGGAGGCCACAAACAGCUUUCAGGGGGUCCACCAAGCAGGGCCAGUGUUAGACUCGCUGGGGCCCCAGGGCAGAAAGCUGAAGCCCCACAUAUGGGGCUGAAGCCUGGGGCCGAAGCCUGGGACCCAGAGCCGAUAACAUGGGGCUGAAGCUGAAGCCUGAGCAAUGUAGCUCUGCAGGGACCUUUGUGGUAUGGGGCUCCAGGCAACUGCCCUGCUUGCUAUCCCCUAAUGCCGGCUCUGGCUUUUAUAUGCGGAAAACAAGUUACUGUGGUACAAGUGGGCCGUGGAGUUUUUAUAGCAUGUUGUGGGGGCAUCAGAAAGAAAAAGGUUGAGAAUCCCUGGCAUAGGCCAUAUCCCUCUCCACAGCAUUUCCACCUAAGCUAGGUAGGCUCAGUGGGCUGGCUUUUGUGAAUCCCAUUCUAACUCUCCCCAUGCAUUGUACAUUGUGCCUAACUCAGGACUGUGAAUUCCACUAAAAGGCAGGGCACCUACAAGUCCCCUUUGUGACUAUAUAGCCUCUUGUGUAGAGAAGGUUCAUCUGUCUUUAUUGCUGUCUGACAGUGUGGGAAAAUAGCUGAAGUUUUCUCUAGACAAGGUCUGUGUUGUGUGCUCUUCAGUGGCCGAUUGGUAUCUACAUAUAAUUAGCAAUAGCUAAUAUGCUUGUUGCUGGCACAUAGACCAAAAUAUCUGUUAAAGCACUUUUGAAGUUGAUUUUUAUUACAUUAGUAUAAUGAAUUUCACUUCACUUAAAGACACCAGACAAGUUAGUGUUUGCCAAAUGGAAAAUGAUUAAAUUUGGUAAAAAAGCAUAGAAAUGUUAUACAUAUUUGAAGAUUGCAAGCUUUUUGGGCUUUUUGUCUUUAUACCUGAAUGUUAAAUUAUUAGCAAAUUGCUGGUGCUGUAUAAAUAAUGCUAAUACGAUGAGGGUGUUUCAAACAAUGAAGAAUUUAAAAAUAUUUAGGCUCUUAAAGAAUGUGUCCCUUUGAGAAUUAAAGCUCAGUUUAAUGAUUCACUUUAUAGAAACCAGGUGUCACAAUGAGUCAACACAGCAGUUUUCAAACUUUUUGAGCUGAGCCUCCCUUUGAGUUACAAUUUUUGGUUAUGCCCCCCAAACCCAGACAAAAGGAGGCGAGUCGGGGUAGAGGUGGUACUUCCUCCUCAAGCCCCGCCACUUGCCUUCUCCCCCUCUCCCAAAUGUUCCUCUACACCUCCACAGUUUGAAAACUGAAUUAACACGUAAGAUCUGGUUUUUGUCUUUUGAAGAUUGGGAUUUGUCUCUGAAAUGUAAAUCCACAUCCUGCCCAAGUCAGCUGUGUCAAUUGCUUGGGCUCCACAAUGUUCCCUCAGUAGCAGCCUCAUAGUAAUUAUGUGGUCUCCAAUCUCUGUCUACUUCCCAGGAGAAGAGUCUGUGACACCACCUCACUCUCCAACUAUAUAUACCACAUGGAGACAGGGACGCUGGAACAGUUUGUAUAGUGGGGUUCUUGAGAGCUAUUGAACCAAACUGUAAACUCUGUAUAUGAUGGAAACCACUUCAAGCCAGGGCAUGCUGCAGCACUCCCAAGUUCCAGCACCUAUGCAUGGAGAUGAGUUGUGGUGAGGCAGGUGCCACAGACAAAGUGGUUGUGGAGGGAAGGGAGAGUGCUAUCAGUAAGAGGCCAAGGGACCUUCAGAUUAAGGAAACAAUCUCCAAUAAGUUGUGGAGAGGGAGAGUGACCCCAGUAAAUACCAUCCCCUCCCUGCACUCCCAAUCUUUUUCUCUCUUCCCCCAGGAUACCAACCCUGUCCUAUAAGAUCAAGGAGUUCAGCUGAGUCUUUAACAUUGGGUUGCAUAGUUCAAGCACUUUAGAUUUUUGGCGGGCAUGUUUUAAUAGUAAAGCCCUGGCUGUGCUUAUAAAGAGCAGAUGGAGGUAGGAAUCAGGUUGUUACAGGCAUUUUUAACGCUUUCAUCAUAGCAGCAUGUCAGUGCCAAAGGGUAACAUAAUCAUUCCUUAAAAGCUGUUUGUAGAAAUUAAGGCCCCAGUCUUGCAGUGAGCAGAGAUCUGCCUGCUGAUAUCCUUGUGCCUUUGUAGGAAUCCAUUGGUCCACCUACAGACCUCAUUGCAAAAACAGGGCCCAAAUUUACAAUGUUAGGUUUGUAGAUAAAGUACUAUUUUGAUUCUUAGAAACAGUGGAUAAAUUCACAAUUUUUGUUCUUAUACUGAUCAAGUAUUAGAAUGAAUAGUAUGCCUGAAAAAAAAACCCAGCCACUGCAGGAUAGCAGAUGUGUUCUUAAGUCUGUGCUCUCUGAAGUAGGGAAAUUUUGGUGCUGGCCUGCUAUCCAGUGUUCAAUUUUAUAUAAAUUCUAAACUUGUGGUGCAUUCUUCUGUAACAAAUGAGAAUACAUGUAAGCUUUGCUCGGUCGUUUUGAGGUGUCUGUAAGUGUUUGCUGCUUCCCCAUUAAAACAAAUGUUUGAAAUCUU